AUGGCCAGACUUCAAGUUUGGCGUCAUGCGCCCGGAAAAGCCGUCCUCUUCUUUACCGAUGUCGUCUCCGCGACGUCUUUAAUAUUUGAGGGAUAUAACCAAGGUGUCAUGGGCACGGUUACCUCAACCCCCGGCUUCAUCGACAUGGCCAAGAUCGGUUCGAAUGGCGUCGUUACCGACUCUGUCAGGCAAGGUGGUCUCAUUUCAGCAUACUACUUUGGAGGAAUGUGGGGUUGCUUCCUCGGCGGAUGGGUCGGCGACAAGAUUGGUCGCAAGCGCGGCAUGAUUGUCGGCGUGUUUUUUGGUAUAUUGGGCGCAGGCCUCAUGUCCGGCAGCAUCAACGCCAGCAUGUUCAUAUGUGCACGCGUUAUCGCCGGCUUAAGCAUCGGCUUCAUCAACGUCAUUGUCCUUCCGUGGGUCAGCGAAAUCGCAGAGUCGCACGACCGCGGUGCCAAAUUCUCGCUCGUCUUUAUUGCCAAUUUCAUUGGUAUCGUCAUCGCAUACUGGUUGAACUUUGGUGUCCGUAACACUGGGGUCGAUUUUCGCUGGCGAUUUCCUUUGGCCUUCAUGGCGAUCCCGCUACUCAUUGUCGCCGCGACCCUCCCAUUCCUGCCAGAAUCACCCAGAUGGCUUCUUUCGAAAGGAAAACGACCGGAAUCUGUCGAAAUCCUCUGCAAAAUCAGAGGCGACCUGUCUCCCGAUGAUCCCAAAAUCGUGACAGAGCUUGCCCAGUUGGACGCCACUUUCGCAUCCAAGCCUCAAAAACGGGGCGAAUUGAUUAAUAUGCUCCUCGGAGGCCGGUACUCUGGCAGUCUACACCUUGGUCGGCGAGCAGCCAUGGGCUGUGCUCUUCAAUGGAUUCAGCAGUGGACUGGGAUCCUAGCCAUCGUAGGAUGGGCUAGUGAGUUGUUUAGACUCGCUGGCUUCGAUGCCUACAAGUCGCUCUGGCUAGCUGGCCUCGCCAACACCUGUGGUAUUCCUGGGACCGCAGCGGCGGCUUUGGUGAUUGAUCGCAUGGGACGAGUAAAGUCUCUGGUGGUCUCUUUUGUCAUACAGGGCAUUGCACUGUUUCUGAUUGCCGCGUUUGUCAAAACUUCCCAGGACGCUGCGGCCACUAACCCAGCCGAGUCAGUACGGCUUGGAACCGCAGCUGCAUCGUUUGUGUUUGUCUAUAUUUGGUUUUUCACAAUGUUCAAUAUCGUACCAACCUGGAUCUACGGUACUGAAAUUUGGCCUCAAGAAAUCCGUGCCAAGGGUUACAGUUUCACCAUCUUUGGUUGGGCGGCAGGCAGUGGCAUGACUCAAUUUGUGAUUCCGAUUAUGCUACAGAAGCUCGGCUACAAAACCUAUAUUUUCUUUGGCGCGAUGAACAUUGUGGCGAUGCCAAUUGUUUGGUAUUUGUAUCCUGAGGUGGCGAGACGGUCCCUCGAGGAAAUGAACCUCCUCUUUACGAGCGACAGUCUUCUCGUGAGCAAGAACAUGAAGGCAUAUCAUCAGCGCAUCGAGGACGCUGGUGGUGAUGUUGCAGUGGCUUCCAGACGUUUGCUGGAUGAAGUCGACGGCAACGAUGAGGAAACUCAAAGGACUGGCGGAAACCCGGAGGAUAAGUUUGUCGAACCACUAUACCAGGACGAAACGAAGCCCCAGUAA